GAAAAAGAGAAUGCGAGAGAACGAGAGACAAAAGAGAGGGAGACAGAGAAUGAAAGAGUGAGAAAGGGAGCACGAGAGAGAGCAGGGCUGCAGGAAGGUGGUCGGAAGAGAAGAGGAGAGAGUCAGAGAGAAUCACGUGAGGAAAGAGAAGGACGCAGCAGCAGUGGGUGCUUGUGCUGUUUUUGUUGUAGUUCGAGGAAUCGAAUUCCACCAAAAGCAAAAUCUAGAUCCUUUUGAACUUAAAGCAUUCGUCUGGAAGCCUUCUGAAUGCAAAUCAAUUCUGUAUUAUCUUCUUGACACCAGAACAUUCACCAGAGAGCUUUGGAGGGUAUGUGCCUGAGGAUGUUGCAAUAAACUGGUCAGCUCAGUUUGUGCAGUUGGAUCCAAGAGUUUCAGGCACAUUGUUUUCAACUUCACCAUUUGUAUUUGACCUGAUUUCUCAAUCCACCAGUUAGUAUCCAGCAUAUUUAGAGAAAAGUGAAGGAAGAAGGAGAGGAAAAGAGGGUCAUAAUGGCCCUGAUUGGUGUUGCUGCUUCCAUCCUUCUUCUUCUUAUCUUCAUCAGGAUCAUGUUUGUAUUCCUUAGUACAGGGAAACCAGUCCGCAAUUUGUGUUCUUCAAAGCCAGUCAGCACCCUUAUCAUCCUUGGCUCUGGAGGCCACACAGCUGAGAUGAUGAAUCUCCUCUGUGUCCUUGAAAUUGAUAAAUUUUCCCCUCGAUCAUACAUUGCAGCUGCCACUGAUAAUAUGAGCUUGCAGAAAGCCAAGGUGUUUGAACAAUCUUUAGCUCAUGGUGCAAGUGCAGGGAACACAAGCAGGACUGCUAAGUUCAUGCAGAUUUAUCGCAGUCGUGAAGUUGGACAAUCAUAUGUGACUUCUGUUGGAACAACACUCGUUGCCAUGGUUCAUGCUUUAUGGUUAAUAUUGAAAAUCAGGCCUACAGUGGUACUGUGUAAUGGUCCAGGAACCUGUGUCCCUCUCUGUGUAGCUGCAUUUCUUGUUAAGGUAGUUGGCAUUAGAUGGUCCUUCAUUUUCUACGUUGAGAGUAUAGCAAGAGUGAAGAAGCUCUCUCUGAGUGGUCUCAUGUUGUACAAACUACAUUUGGCUGAUCAAUUCUUCGUCCAGUGGCCAAAACUACAGAAGGCCUAUCCCAGAGCUCAGUAUGUUGGUUGUCUCAUGUAAUCCAUCGGCAUUUAUCUUUUCAGGAUGCCUUUUAUACGGCCAUACCACAUUGUUAAUUUGUUGUCAAGUAAAUGCUGUUUAAUCAUUUAAAUACAAGCUAAAUCAAGGAGUCACAAUGUGUUUGUGCACGUACAUGUACUAGUGAAUGGCAC